AAAUAAUCUCUCUAGGCAGAGGCUAAAAAUGUUCCUCGGUGUCUCUCUCUCUGUUCGUAUCUGUUCUCUUCUGUUUGUGCGUCUGUCUCCCUCCCUCCAUCCCUCUCCCUCCCCCCCGGCCCAACUCUGUGUCCGACGCAUGGAGAAGCCAUCCAGGCCCCCUUUGCUGCAUGUCAGGCCCCUCCGGAAUGGGUCUCACCCAUCUCUACCUAUUGGGGAUCAGUCUAUUCCCUCCCUUCUGCUUUCACCCCCUCCCAGCGCCCCUCUAGCCCCUUAUUCCCAGCUGCAAUGUGGACAAGGUGGGGCAGGACAUGGAGAAAGCCAGGCUGGCUCAUCCCACUCGGGAAAUGGCCUUUAUUGGUCCUCAGACGUGGUCCUGACAUUGGCAUGCAGCAUAGUCUGGGGAGUGUUCAGCCCUGCAGACCGCUCCCCAUCAUGCAGGGGGGAGGGAUAGCUCAGUGGUUUGAGCAUUGGCCUGCUAAACCGAGGGUUGUGAGUUCAAUCCUUGAGGGGGCCAUUUAGGGAUCUGGGGCAAAAAUCUGUCUGGGGCUUGGUCCUGCUUUGAGCAGGGGACUAGAUGACCUCCUGAGGUCCCUUUCAACCCUGAUAUUCUAUGAUAGCAAAAAGCACAGCACAGCAUAGCAUGAAAUUCAUAGAUUCCAGACGGGACCAUUAUGAUCAUCGAGUCUGAACCCCUGGAUAACACAGGCCCAUCUGUAACCCACACAUGCUGCAGAUUAAGCCAAAUACUUCUUGUCCUACCUGCACUACAGUACAACGACUGCAACACAAUGCACCUCACGGCACCAAAACACCAUGCAACGCAAUGUCAAUCGAUGCACGUGGAAUUCACUGCGAUCAAUACUUUGUGCUUAACGAGACUACAGGGCAAUGCCAGGUCACGCACGGCACACUGCAGCAGAGGGAACAGAACGCAAUACGUAUUCGCUGUCAAACAGCACGCAACUGCAAAGCCAUAAAUCCCGUGCAAUUCACUGCAAUGCCUGGGUGCAGUGGAACACACUGUAGCAAAAUGGCAUCAAGACAAAAAAGCAGAGCUGUGCAACACAGUCAGACACAACUCCCAGGGAGAGGCCGUGAUCCACAGAUGGAGACUCUGCCGGCCCCAGAGCUCAGCUCCCAUUGCCAUGUCCGUUCCAAGCCAGCUAUUUAUAGCCCACCCCACCGCCCAGCCAUGUCGAACUCCAAGCAGCGCCUGAUGCAGGGCAUGCACCAGGACCUGAGCUGCCCCAGCUGCUUGAAGCUGUUCAAGGCCCCCGUGACGGCUGAGUGCGGCCACACCUUCUGCCUGGAGUGCCUGUCCCGGGCCGCGGCCUGCCCCACCUGCCAGGCCCCCACCAAGGUGGAGCAGCUGCACAUCAACCAGCAGAUGGAGCACCUGGUGCAAUGCUUCCGGCAGGUGCCCCACGACCACUGCGAGGAGCACAUGGACCCCCUGAGCGUCUACUGCGAGCAGGACCAGCAGGUCAUCUGCGGGGUGUGCGCCUCGCUGGGCAAGCACAAGGGCCACAACAUCAUCACGGCCGCCGAGGCCCACCAGAGGAUGAAGAAACAACUUCCCCAGCAGCAAAUUCAACUGCAGGAGGCACAAGUGCGUAAGGAGAAAAUGAUCACUCUGCUGAACAGACAGAUAGCAGAGGUGGAGGACACGGUGGUGCGAUUCAAGCAGCAGGUGUCGGAGCAGCUGGGGGUGAUGCGCGCCUUCCUGGAGGUGCUGGAGGCCUCGCUGGGCCGGGAGGCAGAGCGGGUGCAGCAGCAGGCCACGGCCGUACUGCGGGAUGAGCACAAGACCAUGGGCCACUACCUAGACCAGCUCAAGCAGAUGGAGGCCGUGCUGGGUGAGGUGCAGGAGGAGAGCCAGACCGAGUUCCUGAGGAAAUACUGCCUGGUGGCCAGCAGGCUGCAAAAGAUCCUGGGAGAGUCCCCACCAGUCGCCCGGAUGGACGUCCAGCUGCCAAUCAUCACAGAUGACUUCAAGUUCCAGGUGUGGAGGAAGAUGUUCCGUGCACUGAUGCCAGCUCUGGAGAACCUGACCUUUGACCCAGACACGGCCCACCCCAACCUGGUGGUGUCGGAGGACGGCAAGCGGGUGGAGUGCGUAGAGCACAAGCAGCCGGUGAGCUCGGACGACCCGGGUCGCUUCGACAAGUCCAACUGCGUGGUGAGCCGCCAGAGCUUCUCCAGCGGCGAGCACUACUGGGAGGUGACGGUGGGCGACAAGCCGCGCUGGGCGCUGGGCGUUAUCUCGGCCGAGGCGGGGCGAAAGGGUCGGCUCCAGGCUCUGCCCUCCAACGGCUUCUGGCUGGUGGGCUGCAAGGAAGGCAAGAACUACGAGGCCCAUGUGGAGCAUAAGGAGCCGCGGCUGCUGCGGGUGGAGACCAAGCCCAGCCGGAUCGGGCUGUAUCUCAGCUUCGAGGAUGGGAUGCUGGGGUUCUACGAUGCCAGCGAUGAGGACAACCUGGUGCCGCUCUUUGCCUUCCACUCACGCAUCACCACCACUGUCUACCCCUUCUUCGACGUCUGCUGGCACGACAAGGGCAAGAACAGCCAGCCGCUGGUCAUCUACACGCCAGAGCCGGAGGCCUCCUAAUGGUGCCCCGCAGAGCCAGAGGUGCCAUAGCCACGCCCAACCUCGCCCCACGGAGCUGUGAGUGCUAUAACCAUGUUGCCAAAGGCGCUGUAGACUCGCUCAGCCAUGCUCUAUGCUGCCAGAUAUGCCCCAGCCAUGUCCAACCUUGACCCAAGAUGCCAGAGCGGAAGGUGCCACAACCACGCCUAACCAUACCCCACGUCACCAGAAGAGCCAUGACCAUGCCCAGCCGGCCCUAUGUCACCAGCUGUGCCAUAACCUCACCCCACAUCCUCACGCCAUACCCAACCAUGCCACAUCGCCAAGUGAGCCACAGGCACUCCCAACUAUGUCACCUGGGCUGGCGGUGCUGAAACCACGCCAAGCCACACCCCACAUCCCCAGAGAAGCCGUGCCCUGCCAUGCCUCGCUAUGCCUGACAUCACAAGACCAGGAGGUGCCUCAACCAUGGCCAACGUCGCUGGAAGUUCCAUAACUAUGUUGUCAGAUGCUCUGUAACCACAGCUAACCACAUCCUACAUCGCCAGUAGCUCCGUAACGAUGCCUUGUCAUGCUACCAUCAACAGAAGAGCCAUUAUCAUGGUCCCCCAUCACCAGAGGUUCAUGCCCCCAUUACCAAAGGCAUCUCAAUCAUGCCCAAGCAUGUGUCCAUUACCAGAGACUCCCUGGCCAUGCCCACAUAGCUGGAAGUACCACAGCCACACCCCAUGCCAUCACUGCUCCUCCACACAUUCGGAUCCCAUGUGGCCCAACUCCAAGCUCCCUGGGACGGGCAGUGACCCGACGUGGUUCCAAGCCUCCGGGAUCUGUACAGCCACUGCUGGGCUCUGAGCAUGUUCGCAUCCACCCAGAUACGGUCUCCAAUAAAUCAUGGUCAUGUCCACUCUG